CCAGAUAGGUCGCACCGCUGCUGCUGUGCUGUGCUGUCUCCGUGUGUGUGCAGCCCUUCGCACGGUUUGGUCGAUCCGUGCAGACAGCGGAGCUUGUCGUCUGGAGAGACGGACACCGAGACAGGUAGCUCAGUUCGGGUAUGAAACAUGGAGCUCUCGGCGGGAGAUCGCAUUUUCGCCGCGGAAGCCAUACUUAAACGCCGCGUCCGUAAGGGAAGGCUCGAAUACCUGGUGAAAUGGAAAGGAUGGGCAAUGAAGCACAGUACUUGGGAGCCGGAGGAGAACAUCCUGGAUGACAGGCUGAUUUUGGGGUUUGAGCAAAAAGAGCGGGAAAGAGAGUUGCACGGGCCAAAGAAAAGGGGACCAAAACCCAAGAACCUUGUAAUGAAGGCUCGCGGUCAGAAAGGAGAGAGCGGCAGCCGAGCCUCAAACACCCGCCAGACCACUUUGCGUCCUACUUCGUCCACUUCUAACCGGGCAGCUUCCUCCUCCUCCUCUGCCUCAGCGCAUCUUUUACCGUCGUCCUCCAGCUCGGCUGUCGCACCUUCCCCUAAACUUAACUCCCUUGCGGCCACACACAAACUGAAGAAAGACAUUCACCGCUGCCACCGGAUGUCCCGGCGCCCUCUGCCUCGCACAGACCCCAUGGCGACCACCUUCUCCAACCCUGGUGGCUUCCCGUCCCGCAUGCACGUUUCUCCCUUCUCUGAAACCGUCCGCAUCCUUAACCGUAGGGUGAAACCCCGGGAAGUCAAGAGAGGCCGAAUCAUCCUCAAUCUGAAGGUCAUCGACAAAGCGGGCCGGGGUGGCACAGCGGCCGGGGGUCGGAAUAUUUCGGCAGGACGUCAGAACAUCCCAUCCCGCAAUCGUAUCAUUGGGAAGAAGAGGGAAGCCCCAUAUAGACCUUUCCAGCCUCCUCUGAAGAUGCUGGGGUUCCCGAUGUACGGGAAGCCAUUCGGGCUGCAGUGCGGAGGACCUGUGCCUUUUCACUCCCACCCAAGCUCAUGCUCCAGCACAGGAGCUAGGGAAAGCCGCACCAGCCCCUCUCAGUUCCAGGCACCUCCUUCUCCUUCCAGCUCCAGUGGGUCUGAAGGAAAAUCUCCCACCAAUGCUACUGCUGCCCAGUCUCAGCCUUCCACUGGGGCCUCGCCGUCUAGCAAGGAUCCCAAGUCCAGCAAACCUCACGCAGACACUCAGAAGAGCCAGAGCACCAAGUCCUCCACCCCUGCCGCGUCCUCAGAUGCAAACCAGGCUGCAUCAUCAUCAUCCCCCUUCCUCCCCUCCUCUCCCUCUUCCUCCCUGGAAGACGAAGAGGACGAGGGCGCCCCGGACCGUACGGUGCCCUCAGAGGAAGGCAGGAAAAAUCCUCGCCAGUGCAGGGCUAAACACCAGUUGCCCACCGCGCUCCCCCCUGCCACUCCCGGGGACCAAACCUCUGCCCCCACCGAACCUCCAAGGGUGCCCGCUGAGGGAGACCCCGACUGGCACCCUGAAAUGGCUCCGAGCUGCAAGGAUGUAGUGGUCACAGAUGUGACCACCAACCUCGUCACCGUCACCAUAAAAGAGUUCCCAUCCCCUGCCUCCUGCCCCGCUUCACCUUCUGCUAGCCCCGAAAAUGCCUCUUCCCCCCCUCCCACCGCCGCCUCCGACGACCCCUCCCCAGCAAAACUGCUCUUCACGGUCACCAUGAAGUUCGCAGUGGUGCUCGUGGGAGCGGGCACUCUGGCCUUCCUCGGCGCGGUCAUCUGCAUCAUUGCCAGCGUUUAUCCGUUUAAACGCGCCGCUCUCGUCAGCGAUAACGGAACCCUGACGUCGGAGUCGCUGCUCCAGCCUCUGGAGCCGGGGUCGGUGGCUCACGCCGGGCCGCUGGGCGCUCUGCACGGCGCGGAGUCGUACGAUGGUGGAAACGGACUCGGCGGCAUCGGCGUGGAGGUUCCCACUCUGAACGAGCUCAACCUUGGGGAGGAGACGGGUGGAGGGCCGGCGAAGCAGUUCAGCUUCAGCCGUCUCAUCUGCACUCCUGUGCCUGUGGGAGAGUGCAAGACUAAAGACCUGAGGCAGCGGAGGGACCACCAGCAGCAGCAGGCGGACGAUCCGCUCUACGGCACAGGGGAUGAAGACCUGCGGACCACCGCGGAGGAACUCCGGCAGAUGGUCCUGCAGCAGAACGACCAGAUCCUCAUGGACCAGAGGACCAUAAGGGAGCUGACCGGGAAGCUCAGCGAGUGCGAGAGCGGCCUGGAGGACGAGCGGAGCAUCCCGGAGCGCAGCAUCGGGGUCUGGAGCGGGAACCGCCGCGUCAUGGCCGGGGAUGAUGUGACCUCAUCCGCCGCGGCACAGCUGCAGACGGCGCGGGCCGUGGAGGAGCUGGCCCGGGCCAUCAUGGAGCUGAAGGAUCGCAUUGAGAAACUGGAGGCAGAGAUAGGCCCUGCUGCUUUGAACCUCACAGACACAUCUGUGGGCGUAAAUAGUGGCGGCAGCAGCAGCGGCAGCGGCAGCAGCACAGCUGGUAACACCGGCAAGGCUCCAGCUCCGCCUUCCAGCACUACUUCCUCCCUAUCUGCAGGGUCUGCCCCAGGGGGCCGCCGUCCUGCUUCCCCAGGCUCCUCUGCCUCCAGGCCUCCUGCUAAGGGUCCCCCUGGGCGUGGAAAGAGCACCUGGAGGGUGGAGGACCUGGAAGGGGAGCUGGAAAGGAAGAUAAAGAUGCUAGAGAAGGAGAGACAGGCCAUGAGGAAGGAGACUCAGGGCCAGCAUGAGAAGAUCAACAAGGGCAUCGACAACGUCAGCCACCGUGUCACCGAGCUGGAACACACGAUGACGGAGCCACCGUUCCCUGACGGCUUUGUCAUCUCCUUCCCUAUGCGGACCAACUACAUGUACGGCCUGGUCAGGAAAGAGAUUACUGAGAUGUAUGCCUUCACUGCCUGCCUAUGGCUCAAAGCCAAAGAGGGUGGCAUUGGGACCCCCUUCUCCUACUCUGUGCCGGGGCAGCCCAAUGAGCUGGUUCUGUUACAGGGAGUCCACAAUCCCGUGGAGCUGCUUAUCAACGACAAGGUGGCGCAGCUGCCCCUGUCCCUGCCACAGGAUGAGUGGCAGCACAUCUGUGUCAGCUGGACUCUCAGAGAUGGGGUUUGGAAGGCCUACCAGGGUGGGAAGAUGAAGGGACGAGGGGAGGGACUGGCGGCCUGGCACCCAAUCAAACCCGGGGGAGUCCUCAUUCUGGGACAGGAGCAGGACACACUGGGUGGACGUUUUGAUGCCUCCCAGGCUCUGGUCGGGGAGCUCUCUCAGUUUAACCUGUGGGACCGGGUGUUGAAGCCAGCCGAGGUGGCCGCCGUGGCCGACUGCAGCUCCUCGGCCCUGGGCAACAUCGCGCCCUGGACCGACCACGACGUAGAUGUCUACGGCGGCGCCACCAAGGAGUCCCUGGACCCGUGCCACGCCGCCCAGAGAUCCAACCCCUCUGGCCCCAAACAGUGAAGAAUGACUGGGAGAGGGCAGCCAUGCUUGAGAGGUCAAUUUAGGAGUGAAUUGAAGAGUCUAAAGAGUUUUUAUCCAAGUUGGAGCAUCCAGUAUAAUUUGCUUGUUGGGGGUUGGUAAGCUUACUACCAGUGGACUAUUAAAUUGUCAAGCGUGGUGUA